GGAAAAAACGGUUAUUAUUUUGAAGUUGUGUUUGAUCAUCAUAUCGGUACACGACCAUAAACAGACAGAAACAUGCGUGAAUGUAUCUCUAUCCACGUCGGACAAGCCGGAGUCCAGAUCGGAAAUGCUUGCUGGGAGUUGUACUGCCUGGAGCAUGGCAUCCAGCCCGACGGCCAGAUGCCCUCCGACAAGACCAUCGGCGGCGGUGACGACUCGUUCAACACUUUCUUCAGCGAGACAGGCGCCGGAAAGCACGUUCCCCGUGCAGUUUUUGUGGAUCUUGAGCCGACAGUCGUUGAUGAGGUGAGGACCGGAACCUACCGUCAGCUGUUCCACCCCGAGCAGCUGAUCACCGGCAAAGAGGACGCCGCCAACAACUACGCCCGCGGCCACUACACCAUCGGCAAGGAGAUCGUCGACCUCGUCCUCGACAGGAUCAGGAAGCUGGCUGACCAGUGCACCGGACUUCAGGGUUUCCUGAUCUUCCACAGUUUCGGUGGCGGUACUGGCUCUGGCUUCGCCUCCCUCCUCAUGGAGCGCCUGUCUGUCGACUAUGGAAAGAAGUCCAAGCUGGAGUUCGCCAUUUACCCAGCCCCACAGGUGUCCACUGCCGUUGUUGAGCCGUACAACUCGAUCCUGACCACCCACACCACGCUGGAGCACUCGGACUGCGCCUUUAUGGUUGACAACGAGGCCAUCUAUGACAUCUGCAGGAGAAACCUGGACAUUGAGAGGCCAACGUACACCAACCUGAACAGGCUGAUUGGCCAGAUCGUCAGCUCCAUCACCGCAUCGCUGCGCUUUGACGGUGCCCUGAACGUGGACUUGACCGAGUUCCAGACCAACUUGGUGCCCUACCCGCGUAUCCAUUUCCCUCUGGUGACCUACGCUCCCGUCAUCUCCGCCGAGAAGGCCUACCACGAGCAGCUCUCCGUAGCCGAGAUCACCAACGCUUGCUUCGAGCCGGCCAACCAGAUGGUGAAGUGCGAUCCGCGCCACGGCAAGUACAUGGCCUGCUGUAUGCUGUACAGAGGUGACGUUGUUCCCAAGGACGUGAACGCCGCCAUCGCCACAAUCAAGACCAAGAGGACCAUCCAGUUCGUCGACUGGUGUCCCACUGGCUUCAAGGUCGGCAUCAACUACCAGCCACCAUGCGUCGUGCCCGGCGGUGAUCUCGCCAAGGUGCAGCGCGCUGUCUGCAUGUUGAGCAACACGACCGCCAUCGCUGAAGCCUGGGCCCGGCUCGACCACAAGUUCGAUCUGAUGUACGCCAAGAGGGCUUUCGUCCACUGGUAUGUCGGUGAAGGUAUGGAGGAGGGCGAGUUUUCCGAAGCUCGUGAGGAUCUGGCGGCCCUGGAGAAGGACUACGAAGAAGUGGGCGUGGACUCCGUGGAGGGCGAGGCUGAGGAGGAGGGUGGUGACGAGUACUAGACACAUUCACGCUUUUUGCAUGUUCUUGAAAAUAUUUUCUUGUCUUUUAAAUGGAAUUUUAUUUAGAUAAAUUAUUUGGUGAAAUAAAAAUUCUGAAAUGUU